GCUGCUGCCGCUCCCCCGGCCUCUCCUCACACCCCUGCCCCGCUUCCCCGGCAGCGAGGGGGAGGACAAGGGCCGCCCUCCCUCCCCUCCGGCCCCCGCGGGGAGCCCCGGAACGGUGUCGCCGCGGCCGCGUUCCCGGGGAAGGGCGGUCGCCGGGGCGGUGCGGCGCCGUUUGCCUUCCCCCGGGCGGAAGAUGGCGGCGCCCAGCCCGCUCCUGGCCUGGUGCGUCCAGCACCUCCGCGGAGACUUCGGGCUGGACGUGGGCGAGGAGGUGGUGAGGUACAUCUUGUCGAUAACAAACGAGGAGGAGAUCCGGGAGUAUGUCAUUGACCUCAUCCAGGGGACUGAUGGGGAGAAGAGUCGGUUUGUAGAAGAGCUGCUGUCAAGGUGGCGGAAGUCCUCCCAGCUGCCCUCCGAGCCUUUGCCAGGGUAUCGGAAAAAGGAUGAGGCUUCGGAAGUGCCUCGGGCUGGAGACCAAGGGAAGAAGGGUAAACGCAAAGGAAGGAACAAGCAGGAGACGCCUGCGUACGCUGAGCCAAGCGCACACGUAGAGGAAGUAAAAACCCCCCUCGACCUGGCCAAGGCCCAGGAGAACAGCGGUGGAGUCAGUGGCGGGAGCAAUUCCUCUAAGAAGAAGCCCAAAUACGUCAGCCUGUACACCAAGGAGGGGCAAGACAAGCUGGCCGUGCUGAUCCCUGGCCGUCACGCCUGCGAGUGCCUGGGCCAGAAGCACAAGCUCAUCAACAACUGCUUGGUUUGCGGGCGCAUUGUCUGUGAGCAGGAGGGCUCUGGACCCUGCUUGUUCUGUGGUUCCCUGGUAUGCACUAAAGAAGAGCAGGACAUUCUUCAACGGGACUCAAACAAGAGCCAGAAGUUGCUGAAGAAGCUCAUGGCAGGUGCUGAAAGCUCAGGGAAUUUGGAUGCUAUAAGCAAAGACUUACUGCCUCGACAAGAAGCUAGACUGAAGGCAGGCCUGGAGAUGGCUGUGAAACACAAAGACAAGUUGUUGGAAUUUGACAGGACAAGCGUGCGUCGCACCCAGGUCAUCGACGAUGAAUCAGAUUACUUUGCCACGGACUCCAACCAGUGGCUCUCCAAGCAGGAAAGGGAAGCCCUGCAGAAGAGAGAGCAGGAGCUGCGAGAGCUGCGUCACGCCUCUCGGCUUGCCAAAAAAAUCACCAUCGACUUCGCUGGCAGGCAGAUUCUGGAAGAAGACAAUAGCAUGGCUGAAUACCACAGCAAACUGGAUGAAACCAUUGAGGCCAUUAAUUGUGGCGCGCUGAGCCAGCCAGCUGGGAGCCCGGAAGCAAAGGCGGCUUUGAGUUCUGGUGUUUUAGUGAAUCCCCGUCUUCUUCAGCCUGCUCCUUUGUGGGUGGACCAAACUGGUUUGCUCCCACACAGGAAAGCCAUCCAUUCCAUGGACACUGGAAAUGAGCCUGGCUCGGAGCGGAACAGGCUGCGGAUUCAGGAUCGAGAGCUGCAGGAGAUCGCAGAUGAUGGUUGGUGCCUGAGCAUGCACCAGCCUUGGGCUUCCUUGCUCGUAAGAGGAAUCAAAAGGGUGGAGGGCAGGACCUGGUACACAUCUCAUAGAGGGCGGUUAUGGAUUGCAGCUACUGCUAAAAGACCUUCCCCUCAGGAAAUCUCUGAACUGGAGACCACCUACAGAAUGCUGCUCCGGAAAGAUGUGGAAUUUCCGAGCGAUUAUCCCUCAGGGUGCCUCCUAGGCUGUGUGGACAUCACCGAUUGUUUAUCGCAAGAGCAAUUCAAUGAGCAGUGUCCAGAUUUGAGCCAGGAGUCUGGGUCUCCAUUUGUCUUUAUCUGCACUAAUCCCCAGGAGAUGGUUGUGAAGUUUCCCAUCAAAGGAAAACCCAAAAUCUAUGUUGCUUCCUUCCAAGUACAUGCCUCUUCCUGCCUCUGCAAACACUCGGGAGUCAAAGAGCACUCGUGUCUGCAGCUGAUCCGCUUCUGGCAUCAGCCUGGGUCAGGAUACGUGCUGUUGCGGGGAUGCUGGGGCAGAUCUGCACUAGCUCCUUGCCUGCGCUUCAAAAAUCACCCUCUUCCCCGGCGAGGACGGUGAGGGCUUGAAGGAGCAAGAGCUGCAGGGCCAGAUGGAUGUUCUCCAUCCGCCGGCCGGCAGGAUGGGGUGUCCUGGCAGACCUCGCAGGGAAGCGCCGCAGCAUCUGUCCGCGCUCCGCUUGCCAGCGUCGUUAGUCCCUUUUAUGAGCCACCAGCCCCUCCGCAGGCUGCCAGUUAUUCCUGCCCGCUGCCGUAAAAAGGCUGGAGGAGGGAUGCAGCAGCUGGGGAGCCUGCAGUCAGCUCCCUCCUUAUUAGCAGCCUCCCCACCACACAGCCUGGGGAAGGCACCGUACACGCUUUCAGGGGAUGUGAAAAAUUAAUUUGACGGGCUAAAAGCAGCAUAAGCAGAAAUACUCUUGGUUGUUUGUUUAGCAGAGCUGAUGACUGGGGUUUGCAGCGCAGUUCUCUGGGAGUAGUUAUCUAGUGGCACAGGAGCGGCAGGAUUUCUUAGGGCCGGUUAGUAGGGGCUUUUGAAGCAUAGUGUGGGGUUAUUUUUAUUUGUUUUGAGGGUUUUUUGCCCCCCUCUCCGCUCAGAGGAGCACUGUUACGGCAAGGCUUUGGUCACUGGGGGUGUUCCUGCCCUGCCGGGGGAUUGAGCAGGGCGAACAAUUUGGGUUUUCCCCUGCUUUUUGUAGCAGUGCCUGGGAGGUGCGUUCAGCCGGUGGUGACAAAUGGAGCUGGGUGAGCUGCAUCGCUCGGAUCCCGCUGUCCCACUGUCCUACCCCGGGGACGGGCCCUUCCCAGCGCGCCGGGGGGCAGCAGGGCUGCGCCCAGUUAUUUAGGAUGCAAACAUCUUUGCUGCGGUAGAGCAGCCGCGUCGCUGUUGCCUGCCGGAGCAGCCGCUGCAUCCUUUUUGUAUUAUUUUUUUUUCUUGUUUUAACGUCUCCUUGCUCUCGUACAAGCUCUCUCGUGCCCCUUCGCUGCCACAUCUGCCUCCGCCUGGCUGUGGUUAGGAGGGGAGCUGCCGGGUCUGCCUCGCCGGGCGCAGGCACUGCCGGUCCCCUGCCCAUCUGUCACAUCAUCUCCUUUGUGUUGUGACACUUUCCUGCUUGGAGAAGGAUCAGUCUAACAGGCUGGAAGGAAGCCGGCUGUGCUGGCGGCUGCCUGCGCUGCCCGCUCCUGCUGCUGGCCCUGCCUCUCCUGCCCUCCAUCCCGACAGGAGCUGUCACAAGAGCAGCGGUGGGGGAGACUGUGGAGUUGCGUUUUCCCCUCCCGGAGGGGACGUCGUCUGUCUGGGUGAUGUUUGUGACAGCCUAGGGAAGGAGUGAGGAAGGCUUUGACCUUUCGACGGGGUAAGGCACUGUUUUAAUCGGAGCUGGCAUCGCAUCCGAGGCAGCCAAAAGCUUAAUUCUCCGAGCUGGAAGCAGAGCAGGGGGAAGGUGCCGGCUCACGUCCCCACCUGAGCUCGCCGGCUGCCCCGGUCUCCUUGAGGCCUGGCUCAGGCCAUGACAAAAUGCCAGUUUGUCUUGUUGGGAAGCCAAGCCAGAGCGGUUUUCCUUGCCAGAUAACAGCAUGGACCUCGCCGCGAUGACAUCUGAAUGCUUCUCCAUUGCAAAUUAGUCGUUUCUAGCAGCCUGGGGAUGGGAAAAAAAAAAAAAAAAAAA